GCGGAGGGUUUCGCCAUUCCUUGUCAAUUGGUUUGAUUCUGAUUCGGUGUAGUGAUAGUUACUGAGCAAGGUAACCACAAUUUUAAUAGCUUUUUCAACACAAGGAAAAGUUUCAAUAGAGAUUUCACUAAGAUCAGGCAACUGAAUCGGUGCUCUAGGAAUCAGCUACCUUGUGGUUUUGGGCCUUGUAUACCAAACCAAAACUGGCUCCGUUCUCCCAAUUCUCCUUUUCAAUUGUUGGAUUGUUGGGAGCUGCUGAGGAUUUGUCAUACAUAGUUAGAAUGUCAACAAUCAGAAACCUAAAAAUCAAGACAAGUACAUGCAAGCGCAUUGUGAAGGAACUUCAUUCAUAUGAGAAAGAGGUUGAGAGAGAAGCUGCUAAAACUGCAGAUAUGAAGGAGAAAGGAGCAGACCCUUAUGACCUCAAGCAACAGGAAAAUGUUCUGGCUGAAUCAAGGAUGAUGAUUCCUGAUUGUCAUAAGCGCCUUGAGGCUGCCUUAGCUGAUCUCAAAGCUACUCUGGCUGAGUUGGAGGAAGUGAAUCAGGAAGGUGCAGAAAUGGAUGAUGCUCGAAGCACCAUAGCAGAUGUUGAACGGUUCCUAACAAAGGAAGCAUAGUUAUCAAGUUCAUAUCAACCAUUGUGUGUGUUCCGAAUCACAAUUAGUGUACACAUAUGGUGAUGCUUUUAUGUAUUAGAUUGUCAUUGGCCUACCACCUGUUAUGUUACUGAACUAUGUGAGGAAACUUAAAAAUUGUACCACCAGUUGAUUGUUUCUGAUUAAGUUGUGCAAGUUGUGCACCCUUCUUUCCUCAUUAGAUCAUUUGGAUGACAAAUUAUCUAUUUCUUCAGUCGGAAACAAGACCUCGAUGAGAAUGACAAAUGUACAUUCAUGGUUUGAAAGUGGAUUUGUUACUGUUUUUGAGCA